GGGGCGCGCGAGCGAGCGAGCGGCCGCGCUUGCGCACUGGCCACCUCCCCUAGCGGCGAUCCGGGCUGCUGCCGCUCGCGCCUGGGCAGGACGCGGGGCGGGCGGGGGGAGGGGGGAGCGGCUUCGCUUCCAGCCCUGAGUAAGGCGGAGACCCGGGCUGGCGGGCGGAGCAGGAGGCACCGCACCUCGGCCAGAGGCUGCUGCCGCAGCUGCUGCCCUCGUCCCCGCCGCCGCCUCUCCAGUCCCUUCUGUGAUUACCCCUCCAGCUGUUGGGAACGGGCGAGAAAGAGGAGGAGGCGAGAAACUCCCACCGACCCACAGAGGGAGCAUGACUUCGGCAACUUCACCUAUCAUUUUAAAAUGGGACCCCAAAAGUUUGGAAAUCCGGACACUAACAGUGGAGAGGCUUUUGGAGCCACUUGUUACACAGGUGACGACCCUUGUCAACACAAGCAACAAAGGCCCAUCUGGUAAAAAGAAAGGGAGGUCAAAGAAAGCCCAUGUACUGGCUGCAUCUGUAGAGCAAGCCACUCAAAACUUCCUGGAUAAGGGUGAACAGAUAGCUAAGGAGAGUCAAGAUCUCAAAGAAGAAUUGGUCGCUGCGGUAGAGGAUGUACGCAAACAAGGUGAGACAAUGCGCAUCGCCUCUUCAGAGUUUGCUGAUGACCCGUGCUCAUCGGUGAAGCGUGGCACCAUGGUGCGGGCAGCGAGGGCUUUGCUCUCAGCUGUAACACGCUUACUCAUCCUGGCGGACAUGGCAGAUGUCAUGAGACUUUUAUCUCAUCUGAAAAUUGUGGAAGAGGCCCUGGAAGCUGUCAAAAAUGCUACUAAUGAGCAAGACCUUGCAAAUCGCUUUAAAGAGUUUGGGAAAGAAAUGGUGAAACUUAACUAUGUAGCAGCAAGAAGACAACAGGAGCUGAAGGACCCCCACUGCCGGGAUGAGAUGGCUGCUGCCCGAGGGGCUCUGAAGAAGAAUGCCACAAUGCUGUACACGGCCUCCCAAGCCUUUCUCCGCCACCCGGAUGUUGCUGCCACAAGAGCCAACCGAGAUUAUGUGUUCAAACAAGUCCAGGAGGCCAUUGCUGGCAUCUCCAAUGCUGCCCAGGCUACCUCGCCCACUGAUGAAGCCAAAGGCCACACGGGCAUCGGCGAGCUGGCUGCAGCUCUGAACGAGUUCGAUAAUAAGAUAAUCCUGGACCCCAUGACGUUCAGCGAGGCCAGGUUCCGGCCGUCGCUCGAGGAGAGACUGGAGAGCAUCAUCAGCGGCGCGGCACUCAUGGCCGACUCGUCCUGCACGCGCGACGACCGGCGCGAGAGGAUCGUGGCCGAGUGCAACGCCGUCCGGCAGGCGCUCCAGGACCUGCUCAGCGAGUACAUGAACAACACUGGAAGAAAAGAAAAAGGAGAUCCUCUAAACAUUGCAAUUGAUAAGAUGACCAAGAAAACAAGAGACCUAAGGAGACAGCUUCGGAAAGCAGUGAUGGAUCACAUAUCUGAUUCUUUCUUGGAAACCAAUGUCCCUUUGCUAGUUCUCAUUGAGGCUGCAAAGAGUGGGAAUGAGAAGGAAGUGAAGGAAUAUGCCCAGGUUUUCCGUGAGCAUGCCAACAAGCUGGUGGAGGUUGCCAACUUAGCCUGUUCCAUUUCCAACAAUGAGGAAGGGGUAAAAUUAGUCCGGAUGGCAGCCACCCAGAUUGACAGCCUGUGUCCCCAGGUCAUCAAUGCUGCUCUCACACUGGCUGCCCGACCACAGAGCAAAGUUGCUCAGGACAACAUGGAUGUCUUCAAAGACCAGUGGGAGAAGCAGGUCCGAGUGCUGACAGAAGCCGUGGAUGACAUCACCUCAGUGGAUGACUUCCUUUCUGUCUCAGAGAAUCACAUCUUGGAGGAUGUGAACAAGUGUGUGAUAGCCCUCCAAGAAGGGGACGUAGACACCCUGGACCGGACUGCAGGGGCCAUCAGGGGCCGGGCAGCUCGAGUGAUACACAUCAUUAAUGCUGAGAUGGAGAAUUAUGAAGCUGGUGUUUAUACUGAGAAGGUUCUGGAAGCUACAAAAUUGCUCUCUGAGACAGUGAUGCCACGCUUUGCCGAGCAAGUAGAGGUUGCUAUUGAAGCCUUGAGUGCCAACGUCCCUCAACCAUUUGAAGAGAAUGAGUUCAUUGAUGCCUCUCGCCUAGUGUAUGAUGGUGUUCGAGACAUCAGAAAAGCUGUGCUGAUGAUCAGGACCCCAGAAGAACUAGAGGAUGAUUCUGACUUUGAGCAGGAAGAUUACGAUGUGCGCAGCCGGACAAGUGUUCAGACUGAGGACGACCAGCUCAUUGCGGGACAGAGUGCACGGGCCAUCAUGGCGCAACUACCGCAGGAGGAGAAGGCAAAAAUAGCUGAGCAGGUGGAGAUAUUCCACCAAGAGAAAAGCAAGCUGGAUGCCGAAGUGGCCAAAUGGGAUGACAGCGGCAAUGAUAUAAUUGUGCUGGCCAAGCAGAUGUGUAUGAUCAUGAUGGAAAUGACAGACUUCACAAGAGGCAAAGGCCCAUUGAAAAAUACAUCUGAUGUUAUUAAUGCUGCCAAGAAAAUUGCUGAAGCAGGUUCUCGAAUGGACAAAUUAGCUCGCGCUGUAGCCGAUCAGUGUCCUGAUUCAGCAUGUAAGCAGGAUUUAUUAGCCUACCUUCAACGAAUUGCCUUGUAUUGCCAUCAGCUUAAUAUCUGCAGCAAGGUGAAGGCAGAAGUACAGAAUCUGGGAGGAGAGCUCAUUGUGUCAGGGACAGGAGUUCAGAGCACUUUCACUACCUUUUAUGAGGUAGAUUGUGAUGUCAUAGAUGGGGGCAGGGCUAGUCAACUUUCUACCCACCUCCCAACCUGUGCUGAGGGAGCUCCGAUCGGGAGUGGAAGCAGUGAUUCCUCCAUGGUUUAUUCACAGGAUUCCUGCAUCAGGCUGGGAGAGCAAAGGGGUUCUGAAGAAGAGACAGGCUAUCAUAUUUUUGCUGCAGAAUUAGACACCAUCUAUCUGAAAAUGGAAUCUGUGCUGGACAGUGCCACAUCACUCAUCCAGGCAGCUAAAAACCUGAUGAAUGCUGUUGUCCUUACGGUGAAAGCAUCCUAUGUGGCCUCAACCAAAUACCAGAAGGUCUAUGGGACAGCAGCUGUCAACUCACCGGUUGUGUCUUGGAAGAUGAAGGCUCCAGAGAAGAAGCCCCUUGUGAAGAGAGAAAAGCCUGAAGAAUUCCAGACACGAGUUAGACGAGGUUCCCAGAAGAAACACAUUUCGCCUGUACAGGCUUUAAGUGAAUUCAAAGCAAUGGAUUCAUUCUAGGACGAUAGGCUUUAAUAAGAAAGCUUUUUUUUUUUCCUUUUCUUUUUAAUUCCAUUUUUUGUAUGCAUACCUGCCGACUCGUAUGCCUCUGGCAUGGGGAAAUUAAGGGAGCAGUGUCUGUUUGCAUGUGAGAUGAGAUGUGAUCAAUACUACUGAUUCAUCAGUAGCUGGGGAGGGAACAGGGAAUUCCUGUCCUGAGGUGGCACAGAACUGUCCUUUGCAACAUUCUCAUAAAAUUGGGCUAAGAGUUCGCAUCGCAAUGUUUAUGGGAGUGGGAGGGAUGGGGAAAAUAAACUUAAUUCUACAAAAGCAAACUCUAAUGCAUGCAAGAAUCAUUAGGUUGGCAGGUAUCUUAAUAAGUGAAAAAUCUGGAAGUGUAAUGGUAGAACAUAAAGCUUGUAUUGCUUCUGUUUCAGUGCAAAAAUGUACUAGCCAAUAAGCUGAAGUGUGUGGCCCACAAAUUGAACAAUAUAACUUUGAAGUCAUAUCCAUGAUAUUAAGUGGAUUUUUUACUAAGGAAAAACUAACUCAUCCAACCAAAAUGUUUCUUUUAAUCUGUAUUCUAUUCUUUCUCUUGUAGUAGUGCCAUUACUAGUGCUCAUAUUUUCAAUUUUCCCCCUUUACUGAAAAUAAACACUUAUUUGAGACAAUUAUAAUCCUUCUGGGGGCACUGGAAGCACAAUAUGGUGAUCCAUAUUUUACUUUAAAAAAAUUUGAACUAUGAUUUUGCUAGAAAUAGGAGACCCAGUGAUGGAAUGAUAGAAGAAUGGAAACUGACAAUGUGUGAAGGUUUAGAGGCAAAUACAUAGGUGUAGCUCAGAGUGCUGGUAUCUAAAUAUGCCAUUGUAUCCACUAACUCAAAAUAAACACAUAUAAUCUGGAAAUUUGACAAAUGCUUCUUUUUUUAAAAAAUGCAUACUUAAUGAAAGAUAAGAGCAUCUUUUUGAAAAUCGGUUAAAAAAUGCUUUUUUAGAGAUUGGGGAUAAAAUUGGUGAUAUCUCUGGGUCAUCUUUGGAGCCCAGAAAUUACUUUUGAUUUAUUUCAUAUUUUUCCAUUUGUUUUUAUUCACUUUCAAACAAUCUAAAAUGAUAAAGUCAUGUAUUAGUCUUACCUGGGCCAUGUUCAGCCCUGGCUAGACUUAAGAUAAUGUGUUCUCAGAAACUGAAUAAAAAAAAAAAAUUCUAGGGGGACUCAUUAAUUUCAAAAUAUUUUCUCUCCAAAUUGUGAAAAGAAGGCCUCUGUCCCAUUACUCAGAAGUAGGCUGUAGUCUUUCAACUAUGGCUUGAAGAGAAAAAGUCCCCAAAUGUUCAUCUGAGUGCCCAAAACUCCUAUCAUUUGACUUAUCCCUACAGGUUAGCAUGUUACAGUAUGUCUCCAGAAGAUUUCUGGUAAAAUAAUAUGUGUUUCUUAGCAAUAUGAUAAUGCGUUGGGAGUCAUAGACCCCUAGGCUAUAUUAGUUUAGGUGAAAGGUCCCAAAGAGAAGAGACCUUGGAGUUGAGGAAAGAGAAAAGCUUGGUCAACACUGUAUUUAGAUAUGGUUCUACUCCUCAUCUGGACUCAGAAUGAUCUAUCAAUAGAGGACUCACCAUCAAUGGUGUAGACGAAUUUUCAACACUAUUAUACAACCAUUUCAAUUAGACUGCCCCUUUAAUUUGCAUACACAUUGAUACUCAUUCUUCCAGAUAUUUAUGGAAUGACUUCUUGGAGCCAGGUCCUAAGCUGAACAUAACACCCAGUGAACUUAUUGGCAACCUUCCUUAUUAAGACUUGAGUAUGGCAUAAUUCUCUGGGUUUGUGCACUAUUCUAUGAUUUAAUGGGUUGAAGGAAUUAAGUAUUCUUCAGACCAGCCAAGAAACUUGAAAACUCCUUGAGAAAUCCUAAAACAUAUUCAGCAGGCAUAGAGGAGCAUGUAGAGAAUGCCUUUGACUUUGCUCUAUAAAUUCUAAAUGUUUUAGUACAUGCUUAUGAACAAUGCUUAUGUGUGUGUUUUCUGGAAAUCAGUCCUUGCUUUUUAUCACUAUCCACUAUUGUUCUUAUGAUCAAAGAGAAUAACUACUCAGAAAGAUAAUUAAAUAUAGACACUCUGCUGAGAGCACUACAGCAAUGAAAAGGCUUAUUGUUUGUUUCCUGUCCUUAAGAAAAUAAGUCUAGUCGAAAUGAUGAGGACAGAAAAGAGAUAAGUAAAUAUGCCAAGAAAGCACAAUGUGCCAAAUGAAUGGGAUAAAGUGAUAACUACUCUGUGAGACUAAAGAAGUCAGAACACAUUAAGGACUGAAUUAUUUGGGGAAGGAUUAAUAGAAGAGGUAGGAUUUGGAAAUGAGUAAACAGUAAAUAUAUUCUAAAUGAGUGAAAGAUAGAAAUUAAUAAAUUUGGUAAGGGAGAUGACUGGGGUGGGCCUUCAAGCAAAAAGAACAGCAUACUUCAAGGUCUGGCAACAAGUGCAGUUGCAGGGAACAUGAGUUUCAUGAUGGGGACUAGUGGGAAAUCAAUGUGGAGAUGUGGUAUGAGGCUAAACUGUAGAGGGUCAUGAAGGAAUGUGACCAUUUUCCAAUAGGUAAUAUGGAAUUUUAAAUGGGAUGGUGAUACAGACAAAGCAGUGCCUUCAUAAGAUAUAGCUGAUAAUAUGGGGGGAUGUGAAGGCUGAAAGGCACUGAGGUUAGUUAGAUGGGACAAAUGUGAUAGAACCAUAAGAAGGAUUUGCAGUUAUUUGUUGAAUAACUAGAUUUGAGGUAAGAGAAUAAUUAAAGUAUAUAAUUUAUUAAGGAAGAUUAAAGAGUCAGAAAACUGAAAAUUAUCUACAAAGGAUAAACAUGGAUUAGAAAAAAAGCUGAAUAUAUAGUAUAUUUGAGAAAACACAGUUGGUAAUUAAUCCCAAGCAAAUGGAGUUACUUGGGUUAUUUCCUGCAGUAGUAGCAUUUUGGGAUGCAUGAGAAUGGAUGUUCCUGAUGGGAGGGAAUUAAAUAAAUUUCAAUUUCCUUUGACUCUCUGUGCUAAGACUGAUGGUUCAAAAGACAAAAUCUUUAUAUUCUCAAGGACUUAAACUAUCCAGGGAAACAUGGAUUAUCUAUAGAUCUGUAGUUUCUUUUCAUUAAAUAUUCAAGAAUAUGAAGUCAACU